GUUGGAGGCGGGUCGUAACUUCAGGUUCAGGCUAGCUUGCGCGGUCGUAUCAUUCAAGUUUGCGUGCAGAAGAAUGACUAAUAAUAUCAAUGUCGACAGGAGCAUCUAAGAUUUAUGUCUGAGAGGUUAAUUCUUUCAAAGGAGCCGUUCGGAAAUAUCGUUCAGUGCAGGGUAUUUACUACGAACGCAGCGCGGUGUCAGUUAGGUUUAUGUUGGUGAAGCUCAACUGGGAAAAUGCAAACGUAAGCCAGGCCAGAUAGCUGAACGCUGGCUGGCUGUAAUUCAACCACACGAGAGCAUAAAUGAUUUCAUGAACGAAUUUGCAGAGUUGGUCUUCAACAGUGGUGAAGAUGCGGAAGGACGUCAGAAUAUUACUGGUGGGAGAGCCCAAGGUGGGGAAGACUUCCCUGAUCAUGUCCCUGGUCAGCGAGGAGUUCCCACAGGUGGUGCCCUACCGGGCUGAAGAGAUCACCAUACCGGCAGACGUCACCCCAGAGAGAGUUCCUACACACAUAGUAGACUACUCCGAAGCGGAACAAACAGAUGAGCAGUUGUCUUCAGAGAUAUCGAAGGCCAAUGUGAUUUGCAUAGUGUACGCCGUCAACAACAAGAAGUCCAUUGAGAAGGUGACCAGCCAUUGGAUUCCACUUAUAAAUGACAAUACAGACAAGGACAGCAGGGUUCCUGUCAUCCUGGUCGGGAACAAGUCUGACCUGGUGGAACACAGCAGCAUGGAGACCAUCCUGCCCGUCAUGAACCAGUACACUGAGAUAGAGACAUGUGUGGAGUGUUCAGCAAAGAACCUGAAGAACAUAUCUGAGUUGUUUUACUACGCCCAAAAGGCUGUCCUGCACCCCACUGGCCCUUUAUACUGUCCUGAGGAGAAACAGAUGAAGCCUGCUUGCAUCAAAGCUCUGACUCGCAUCUUCAAGGUGUCAGACCUGGACAACGAUGGGAUUCUCAAUGACAACGAGCUCAACUUCUUCCAGAGGACAUGCUUCAAUGCCCCACUGGUAUCCCAGGCCCUGGAGGAUGUGAAGAACGUUGUGAGGAAGAACGUGAUCGACGGUGUGUGUGACAACGGCCUCACUCUCAAAGGGUUCCUGUUCCUCCACACCCUCUUCAUCCAGAGGGGGAGACAUGAGACCACCUGGACGGUCCUCAGGAGGUUCGGCUACGAUGACGACCUGGAACUCCACCAGGACUACCUGUUCCCACUCACGUUGAAAGUACCUCCAGACUGCACCACUGAGCUGAAUCACAAUGCCUACCUCUUCCUCCAGAGUGUCUUCGACAAACAUGACAAGGACCGGGACUGUGCCCUGUCCCCAGAGGAGCUGAAGGACCUGUUUGACGUGUUCCCCUACAUGCCCUGGGGUCCCGACGUCAACAACACGGUGUGCACCAAUGACGAAGGCUGGAUCACCUACCAGGGCUACCUGUCCCAGUGGACGUUGACCACCUACCUGGAUGUCCAGCGCUGCCUGGAGUACCUGGGUUACCUUGGUUACUCCAUCAUCUCUGAGCAGGAGUCCCAGGCAGUGGCCAUCACAGUGACGAGGGACAAGAAGAUUGACCUGCAGAAGAAGCAGACCCAGCGCAGUGUGUUCCGCUGUAACGUCUUCGGGGACAGCGGCAGUGGCAAGAGUGGCUUCCUGCAAGCCUUCCUCGGAAGAAACCUCGCGCGUCAAAACACUGUUAGCGAAGAGCACAUGUCCUACUAUGCUAUCAGCACAGCAUAUGUGUAUGGUCAGGAGAAAUACCUACUGCUCCACGAGGUCUUCCCGGACUUUGACGUCCUCUCGGACACUGACCUGGCUUGUGACAUUGUGUGUCUGGUGUACGACGCCAGCAACCCCCACUCCUUCGAGUACUGCGCCAGAGUCUUCAAGCAGUACUUCAUGGACACCAAGACGCCGUGCAUGAUGAUCGCAGCCAAGUCGGACCUCCAGGAGGCCAAGCAGCUCUACGCCCUCACCCCUCUGGAGUUCUGUAGGAAGCACAAGAUGCCCCCUCCGCAGGCCUUCACCUGCAACACGGCAGACGCACCCUGCAAAGACAUCUACACCAAACUCACCACCAUGGCCAUGCACCCUCACGCUCGGCUGCGCUGUAUGUGUACCUGUAACAGGUGCACCUUCUGCCACCUGCAGAACUUCAUCAACUCAGAGCUGGUGCAGACGGUGAAGGCCAAGCUCUACACCGCUAUUCUCAGCAGACAUGUGACACAGGCUGACUUGAAGAGCUCCACCUUCUGGUUGAGAGUGAGCGCGGGUGCCACUGUGUUCGCCGUGCUGGGAUUCGCCAUGUACAGAGUGCUGCUCAAACAACGGUGAUCCACCCACCACCGUGCAAAUCUAACCUCUGCGAUACUUGUACCCAAAUCUGUUUGUGCUUUUUUGCCAACUACUAAGUGAAAAGCUAGGAUUCAUUCCAGUCUCCCAUUGACAUCAAUACAUGACUAAGUGAAAAUUCAACUUAGGAUCUGCCCCAUAGGAAAUAGGAGUUGGCAGGACCGCACAAACAGAUCUGGGACCAGGCUAAACCUUGUACCCUCUCCCAAUAAAUAUCUCUGUAUGGUCAUAAAACAUCCAGUAUGUCCCCCAUGUGAUGAGGGGGAAAAGGCUAACUUUAUUUAGUUUUACACCUAGAGAUUUCACAAGAAAAUGACUGCUAUUGUUCUUUAUUUUGGUGUCUGCACACUCAGUAUGUCUAUAUAUAAUAUUUAUAUUCAAAAUGUAAUUAUAUAAGUACUGAUGAAGCUCGUGAUUUCUUCUCUUUGCGCAAUAUAUAUAACAUUUUUGGGGGGGAUACCUGUGUGGAUUGAAAUGGUGAAACAACUCAAUCUUAAUCAGUUGAAGUAAGGGUAGUGUAAUGGUGAAACAACUCGAUCUUAAUCAGUUGAAGUAAGGGUAGGGAAAUGGUGAAACAACUCGAUCUUAAUCAGUUGAAGUAAGGGUAGGGAAAUGGUGAAACAACUCGAUCUUAAUCAGUUGAAGUAAGGGUAGGGAAAUGGUGAAACAACUCGAUCUUAAUCAGUUGAAGUAAGGGUAGUGUAAUGGGAACGCAAAAGAACCAAUACCAUACACAACAACAUAUGCUUUAAAACAAAUACUGAAGCAAUGUGUAAAUAACAUGUGUAUAUAUAACUGCUUGUAUGUUUGUUUUAAUUGAACAAACGGGACAUUAUGAAGUUCAUGUGCUGAAGCUAUAAUAGUACAACAAAGCCACAUUCGAUGCUAUAAAGGGAUUCGCUUUCACUCCGUUAUUUAGUCGUUUCUAAUAUCCCCAAAUCUGUUCAGUAAAGGCUGUUCUGCUGUUAUUAAAAGGUUCUUUAGUUUGCCUUCCAGGGCCAGAAGCUCGGUGGCACACUUACACAUUUUGUAAGGCUGAAUCGGCCCAUGUUCAAUCAAUGGAUGUUCCGGUUGGAAUGCCUGCGCCGUAUGUCUGAGCCUUACCCCCUAGAACUCAGUAAGGCAGAAGUGUCCUCUGUGGCCCUCCCAUGGCUUCCUGUAUGGGUAUGGACCACCCAGGUGGUGUGUGUGUGUGUUGGGCAUGCAUGUCAAAUCAAACGGUGUGUGUUGGGCGAGCAUGUCAAAAUUGUGUGUGCUUGCUAUGUGCGGCUGUACAGUUAUAUUUGCAGGAGCUGUAUUUGCAUGCGUUGCUUUUUUCUGAUCAUCAUCCAAUAUUGUUAUAUCAAAUAUACUGUUAUUAUGAAGCCAACAUUCCUCACAAUGGUACUAUUCCAAUUAUCCAAAUGUUAUCCAGCACCCCCAACUCCCAGAACAUUAGGACAAUUGUGUUUCACAUUUUGCCUUUCCAAUGUUUAUAAUAAAUAAAUCCACUUUAA